AUGCGUCAGGCGGAGCGCGGGCUGCCCUCAGUGUCUGCUCGGCAGGAUGACCCUAAAGUCCGGGAACGCGACCUACCAACCUUUGAUCCUCUAGAGGCCGAAGCUUUCUUCGACCACUUUGAGAGGAUAGCGACAUUGAAGGAAUUGCCGAAAGAGGAUUGGGCUGCGUUAGUGCAGAGUAGGAUAACUGGCGAGGCCAGGGAAGCCUAUAACAUGUUGGACCUUGAGGAGUGCGCCGUUUACGACAUGAUCAAGAAAGCUGUGCUGCAAUCGUAUCGACUAACCCUGGAGGUUUACAUGAAACGUUUCUGUGAGUGCACAAGAGCUUCCGGAAGGUCGUAUGCUGAAACAGCUCGGGACAUGGAGCACAAGUUCCUGCGAUGGCUGAAGGCUGAAGAGGUGGAGACGAUGGAGGAGCUGAAGCAAUUGAUGGUGAUGGAAAGAUUCAUGUCAAUGCUCCAACCAGAAAUAAGGAUCAGGAUCAAGGAGGCUGGUAUUAGAGAACUUAAGGCUGCUGCAGACAGAGCCGACCUGCUGGAAGAGACACUAAAUCUCGGGAAGGAGGGACCGCCUAGGCACUCGCCUUACCCAAGGUUUGGGGGGAACUUCAAGAGUUCUGGAGAGGCGAGGACAGGUGGAGACUCUCCCAAGGAUAGUGCACACAGUGAGGUGAGUCGGUCCAAGAGUUCAGGGGAACCGGAGAGGAGACCCCAAGGAGGGAACACCGGGACUGGUGCUGGAGCGAGGAACGCUGCCAGGGAGACGACGACUGGGGGCGCGACGAGGACCCAGGGGACGGCGGUUUCCGGGGGCGUUGCCCGAGUGACAGGUGGAGAGUCGCCUCCCAGGAGAGUCAGGUGUUUUAAUUGUGGCGGGCGAGGACAUUUCGCCCGUGAGUGCGGCGAGAACCGGAGGAAUAUGGGACUGAUGUUAGAAGAGGAGAGAGUAUUCGUUCAUACCCUAUAUCAUAGUGGGCCCAAUGUGAAUAGUUGGGAAAUGAAGUUGGGUGAACACCCCUUUGUUUUCGGGGCCACAGGGAAGUUUGGGAAGUCAGACCCAGUGGAGAUUGCAGUUCUUCGUGAUACGGGUGCUGACAUAAGCAUGGUAGCCAGGAGUAUUCUUCCCAAUGAAUAUAAUGAUUUACCUGUGGGAGUGGUGAGAGUACGGAGUGUGGGAGAAGAGUGCAGGUUACCACUUCACGAGUUAUAG